AUGGUCGAAGCUAAUAACAAUACUGAAUUGAUUCAUCGAAAAUUAUUGCAAAACAAGCCUUUAGCUGAUACUUCGAAUCACGACCCUUUGGGUCUACAAGAGGAUGGUGAUAAAAUCACAUCGCUAAUAGAAUCAAUGAAAAAAAUAUCUAUAUCAGUUAAUGGUAGGGAUACAGAAGUGGUUUGCGAUUCGAGUUCAGAUUGUCCAAUUAUCAGUUAUAAUAUUGCGAAAGAAUUGGAAUUGGAAAUAGAUAAAAGUCUAUCAAAUAUUACCAAUCGAGCGGUAUCCAACAUCGUUGAGCAAGUAUCAGUAAAGCAGGGCAUUUCUCGACGCAUCCCAUAUAAGGCUAAAAGAAAAUGCAAAGUUACAAACAUGACUAUUCUCAACGAUACUGCAUCUGAGUCCUUAUCUGAUUUUGGUUCGGAAUCUGAUUCUAGCUCCAGGGCUGAAUUCGUCUCCAAGAAUGGCUUAUCUAAAACUAAAAUUAUGGAAAUUAUCAAUGUCGUUAAAGCAGAAAAAAUAAAACUUAAGGAAUCCUCACCUGAGUCGGGGUCUGAAUAA